UUGAAUUACCACUUGCAGCACCUUCAGUACCAACAAAAAAACUUGUUUUAGAAGAGGAGGAAGAUGAAGAGGAUUUCAAUGAUUUAAGAAAAGGAUGUAAGAGUAAUCUUAAUCAAUUAAUUGAUAGGAAAACAAUAGAUGAUGUUGAAGGUUGUAAAGACGAAUCACAAGAUGCUAAAAAUUAUAAUCGAUUGAUAGGUGUAGACAUUGAAAAUGAAGAAGAUGGUGGAGGUGUUUGUAAUGUCGUGGAGAAAGGAAUUUUAGAUUGCUAUGCUAGUAAGUUGUGGGCCAUUAAAUUUGCUACUGAUGCUGCUUUAACUGUGUUAAGAGUUGAUCAGAUUAUCAUGAGUAAACCAGCUGGUGGACCUAAAGCACCAAAACAAAAUCCUAAUUGGGACGAAGAUUAA